AUGGUGCUACCGAUUGUCAUCGGAGUGGGAGUCACGUUGGUGGCGUUAGGGCUGCGGGCCGGAUUACGUGCGCGAGCCCGAUACAGCGGGGUUCCUGAGACGCUGCUCAACAGCAGGCAUUAUCUGGGCGGAUUCCAGCAUAAUAUGAGUCGCAAGGAGGCGCUGUUGAUCCUGGGGUUUGCCCGGGAACACGGCUCGGUGACGCUCAACAUGCUCAAGGACAAGCAUCGAAAGGUGAUGAUGCUGAAUCACCCCGAUCGAGGCGGAUCACCGUUCAUGGCCAAGAAAAUCAACGAGGCCAAGGAUAUGCUGGAAAAGGAGGUAAAAAAGUGA